UUUACUCUCUCUCUCUCUCUCUCUCUCUCUCUCUGCUUCCAAGAGCUAUUCCCCGUUGGGUUUUGAGUUGGUAAGCCAUGGAGUUGCCGGGUAAUCACCAAGCCGUCGAUGGAGAUUCCAUUGACGUUCGAAUCUUUGGCCACAGAGACGAAGAUGAUGACAAGCCCCAACCUCUCACCGGUGACGGUGCCAGUCCCGGAAAAAUAUUUAUAGGUGGUUUAGCCAGAGAAACAACGAUUGUCCAAUUUGUCAAACACUUCGGUAAAUAUGGUGAAAUUACGGAUUCCGUGAUAAUGAAGGACCGGAAGACCGGGCAGCCUCGUGGUUUCGGCUUUAUAACUUAUGCAGAUCCCUCUGUGGUUGAUAAAGUUAUUGAGGACACUCAUGUUAUCAAUGGCAAACAAGUGGAGAUUAAGCGGACAAUACCUAGGGGAGCUCUUGGCUCUAAGGACUUCAGGACGAAGAAAAUUUUUGUUGGUGGGAUUCCUUCAACUGUGACUGAAGAUGAAUUCAGGGACUUCUUUAUGCGCUAUGGAGAAGUGAAAGAUCACCAAAUAAUGCGUGACCACUCCACCAAUCGUUCACGUGGCUUUGGGUUUAUUACCUACGACUCUGAGGAAGCUGUUGAUGAUGUCUUAGCUGUCGGGAACAAAAUCGAGUUUGCUGGAGCUCAGGUGGAAAUUAAGAAGGCAGAACCGAAGAAGCCAAAUCCACCACCUCCCUCAUCCAAGCGCUAUAAUGACUUGCAUUCUCCAUAUGGUGGUGGAUAUGGAGAUGCUUAUGAUGGAUUUAGUGGUAACUUUGGCAUUGGUGGCUAUAGGUCAGGCAGUGUCUAUGGAGGUAGGGGUGGUGCUUAUGGUGGCUAUGGAAGUGAAUUUGGCGGGUAUGGAGGAUAUGCUGGUGCCAUGGGGCCCUAUAGAGGAGAUCCUUCACUUGGGUACGCUGGUCGGUAUGGUGGAGGCUUUGGCAGAGGCUAUGAUCUUGGUGAUUAUGGUGGAGCUAGUGAGAGUUAUGGGGCAUAUGGUGGUGGUGGCUCCUCUGGUAGUGCCUAUGGAAGCAGCUAUGAUGCCAGCCUAGGAGGUGGAUAUGGGGGGGCUAGUGGAGGCUCCUUUUAUGGGACUAGAGGUGCAUAUGGUGGUACAGGAACUGGUCGAUAUCAUCCUUACGGAAGAUAGAAGUUUGUCAACCAAGUGUUAUAGUCUAGGACUAGUAUGUCUAGCAUCAAAGCGAGUUUGUGGUGUUUGGUUAUUAGUUCUUUGGCUACAUAUUUUCAUUUUUUAUGAAAAGACUGUCAAGGGAUUCUUUUAUUGUGAAGUCCCAUUAGCAGCACACUGGUUUUCUGUGCCAUCUUUAGAAGACCAAACAAUUUUUUAGCUUGGCCCUGUGUUGAAGUCUUUUUAUCUGAUUGAUGUAUCAUGUACGAGCUGCAAAUCGUGCAGAAGUUUGUAUUCUUAGUCUUGUUCAUCGCUACUUUUGUCCUGCUCAGACUGUCUUUUUUUAGAUAGAAAAUUGUUCCUGCGUCUCUGUUAUAGAUAUAUCAUCCAAGUCGUAGCUCGAAAUAACAUUCAGCUUGGAUAUAUCCAUUCC